AUGGAGCAAAGCUCUGCAUUCAGCUUGAUAAUUUUGUACAAAAACUCAAAUGGAUACUUACUCAGAGAUGUGAACCCAGUCGACUACGACCGUAAAAUCACCUUCUGGACAGAUUUGAUUGGACAGUCGUGUUUGGGCGAGAAGAACGCAGUCUUUACUUUAGAGGGAUUGAAAAAGCGUUUUCGAAGAGGGGAUCAGAUUCCUGGCUCUCUAGAUGUUGUAAUUGCAGACAUGCACAAGAAAGCUGAGGUCCUGACAGUGGAUGAACUGGAGUCACGCGAUCAAGGUUGGUUACAAUGGGGGUAUUCAUUGGUCCGGUCAAGUUUUUGGUCGCCGCAAGCAAACACAUCUAGUAUUGAAUAUGUUCAUAUGCCGACAUUGCGUGUAGGUUUUCUCAUUGUUUCUAGUAAAACACUGACCAUUGGGGUUUCAAAAACUGGUGAGGAGAUCUUGAAAUUUCGUGAUGCAUCUGUUAGAGGUCCUAUUCAGUGGACAGAAAGUGAUGCAAGUGUUCAUGAUAUGAGAAGAGCAAUGAGCAAAUUGGAGCGUGAAAUCAAACGGUUAGAGGAGAAAGCCAAAAAAGCAGAGCAGGAAGCUCGCCUCUUUUUAAGAGGCGGGGAUAGGAACAGGGCAGCGCAACAUUUGAGGAUUAAAAAAAGAGCCUUAAGAGAAGUUGAGGCGAAGGAUAACCAAUACCAGAGAUUACUCGAGAUUAUGCAUCAACUUGGACAGACCAGGCAGAAUAAGGAUAUACUGGACGCAUAUAAAGCAGGAGCAGAUGCAUUUAGGUCAACUUUGGAAAGGCAGGGAGUUCAUCCUGACCAGAUCGAUGAAACACUGGAUAGUGUCAGCGAAGCAAUGUCAAUGGCUAAUGAAAUACGGGAUGCUAUAGCGACUGGGGUUCCUACUGAUAACAUGGAUGCAGAUUUGGAGGCAGAAUUAGCUGCCAUACUCGGUGAUGGAAAGAAAGAAGAACGGGAGCAAGUUCCUGUUGGUUUACCAGAAGUUCCUGAGGAUGAACUAGUUUUGCCUGCAUCGGGACAGAAUUCAGAAGAAAUGUUAAAAGCAAGGCUGCAGAGGCUACGUGAAGUUGCUCAUUAA